UAUUGGAGUGUACGAAGAUGAAGAAGGGAAACCUCCGAUAUUCAAGAGACAUAAGAUAAACUUCGCACCUGAAGAUGUCAUCACACAUUUAGCUGUCAGUAAUAACCAGAUGAUUUUGGCGAUGAGAAACAAGAAGCUACUCAGAAUUGAUUUAAUGAAUCCAGAUCAGCCCAUAGAAAUCGAAUUGGCUCAAUUUCUUGGGGAUAAAUCUCAAAUGGCUAAACUGCAUCAGCUCAACUAUACGCUCAGAGUGCUUUCCAUUCAAUUAAAAUCAUGAACAGAGAUAAGAAUGCUCAGUUUGAAGACUCUAAUGCAAAUAAUGAUGCGCUCCGGGACUGUUCUGGUGAUGAAGGUUCAGCAAUAGAGGAUGAUGCUCCAGAAAGUUUUCGAGUUCCCCUUAGAUCAGAGCCACCCUUGGAGACAUUCCCAGAUUUACUGAGAGUACCAACGAGUACAACAAAUAAUUCAGUAACUGAAGAUGAUACACCUGAAAGUUUAGUUUCUGCUCCUGUUCAGCCAUUCAGGCCAACUGUUUCAAUUUCAAAGUCUGUCUACAGACCAUUCACUUCCAAUCUUCUGAAUCCGUCAUUAUCUAAUAAUGUUCAAACAAGUGAAGGCGCUUCUAAUUUUAACAGGGCCUUCAUUGGCCCUGAUAUAUCUCAGGUUGAACCAGCCAAUUCAACCAUUCAAAUAUCUAGAAUACCUCAAACUUCUAGCUCAUCUAGAGGCUCAUCUACACCAGCUCCACUAAUGUUUCAUCCAAGACCACUUCCACCUUUACCAGUUGGCUCAAAUCUCGAUGACUCAAGUCUACCUCCUAGACAUCAACCUGGAUCUAGUAUUACAAACGAAGUCACGAAUCGGAUAGCUAAUCAUCCACAUCGUAGUCCAAUCAACUGUCUGAAUCUUUCCUCUGCUCUAUAUUCAACUCUUGACUCUAAUCCUUCAUCAUCUUCAUCAUCUUUAUCAUCUGCUCUGGCCCCUAUAAAUGAUGCAAUAGCUCGUGUUCAAUCUUCCAUCGACGCAUUAAGUCGGGAUGUGAAUGAAAGAUUUGCUGCUUUAGAGAAUCGACUUGACUCAUUAACUUCGCUAUCAAAUCUAGGUGCCAGUUUUAACAUAAAUUCCUCAGAUUAUACUAAUGGCUCUGGGGAAAUCGGAUCAGAUUCACUGAAAAAAAUCAUCAAAGAACAGAGACAGGAGUUACAAAACGAACGUCAAGAAUUUCUACUAUCAUUUGCUAAUGCUUUGAAAUUCGCUGCUGAAUCGUCGACCCAAGGGGAAGCGUCUGUCUCUAAGACCAAUGGUACUGGACAUUGACAAAAUUUCUUCAAUAAUUCAAAGAAUCAACAAGAUUUUUUACAAGAAAAAUUCAUCCAACGAAUCGCCUUUCUUUAAUUAAACCGAAUUUAAUUUUAAUUUCCGAGACUAUUGCCGUUCAAUCUACCAUUCUGACUAUAAGUCAGCCAUUUCCACUACAAUCUCCAGGAUUAUUGAUCAGAGAACCAGCAUAUUUUAAAACUACUUUCAAUAAUCACCCUAAAUCAAAAAAGUACAAAUGAUGCUAAUAAAUGUUUAAAUAAUCAACAACACUACAGUCUCAAGAUAAAAUUUGUUUGUGAAAAA